AUGUCUGUCCACGUCCUGGACAAGUAUUAUCUUGUCAUUACUCUCCUAGUCACCAUUGCGUACCAGCUCUCGGGCUUUGCAAUUGCUUGGACGUUUCAGGCAUGUCUUUUGAGACACUUCACUGGAGGGUCCAACUUCUUCAUUCUAGCGCUUCUUACACUUCUCCUCGGCCAGUCCUCACAUCCGCGGAAUAUCGUUGCCACUGUCUUCGUCCUCAUCUGGGCUGUCAGAAUUGCAGGCUUUCUCCUCUACCGUGUUCUCAAAACUGGCUCUGACACCCGGUUUGACGACAUUCGUUCCAAAUUCUUGUCGUUUCUUGGCUUCUGGGUUGGACAGAUUCUCUGGGUAUGGACAGUGUCGCUACCCUUGACCAUCCUCAACUCGCCUUCGGUGGUCGAGAGCAACGUUCCGGCAUUUGGAACAGCCGCUGAUAUUAUCGGCGUGGUUCUCUGGGUAAUUGGCUGGGUAAUCGAGUCUUAUGCGGAUCAAUCAAAGUUCCGCUGGAAGUCGAGCAAGCCUCCAAAGUGGCAAGUUAUGCAGUCGGGUGUAUGGAAAUGGUCCCGUCAUCCACCCUACUUUGGAGAAAUCUUAUGCUGGUGGGGUAUCUGGACGCUCUCCAUCUCACCUACAUUGAAGGACAGCGUGCCAGCGGGUACGAAGAGCGCGCAGUACGCUGGGCUCGCGAGCCCGCUGUUCACCAUGCUCAUCCUCAUCUUCGGCUCUGGAAUUCCAACGAGUGAAAAACCACAGGCCAAACGCAUCUAUAUCCUCUCACAUAAAGAGGGCGCAUCUGACGAAGAAGUCCAAGGAUGGGUGGCAUAUAAAGAGUACCUUCGCUCGACCUCCAUCCUCUUCCCAAUCCCACGUCCAAUUUAUCGACCACUCCCGACCUUUAUCAAGAAAUACAUUUUACUAGACUUGCCCAUGUUUCACUUUGACGAGAAGACAGAAGGACCAAAAGCGCUGGAGGAGAAUCGAAGGCAAUGA